CAGGGCACAGUGGCCAGUAUGCAUGGACGUUAUUUUUGUAUGUCGCUAGCUGGCAUUUUCAACGUGAGUUUUUUGGCGUUUGUUGAUAUGAGAUAAUCUUUAGCACUGGUAGUUGACAAUCAAUUGGUGUUCGCGAUGGAUAACAGAAAACGAGACAAAAAGUCUCCUGUUCGUGAUAAGAUCAAAAUAAAGGAAGAAAAACUUAGCCCCGUUAGGCCUCACAGAUCACGCCGUUCGAGUUCCGGCUCAAACCAUAGCAGUACCAGCCCUCCGCCGAAGAGACGGGGAUCUCGAUCGCCCGUCAGAGGAAAAGACAGAUCGCUAGAAAGAAAGGCUCGGUCGUCAGGACGACAACGGGACAGGUCCCCGCGAGGCCGGAGAAGUCCGAGUCCUAAUCACAGCACUGAUGUUCGGAUAAAGCGGGAAAAAGAUGACCAGCGUGAACGACGGAAUAAGCCCAAUGAGCGGCGGGCCAAAAGAGAAGGAGACUCGCCUCAUCAGAGACAACGUGAAGGAGUGCAGCAGCGGCAUAGAGAGAGGUCACGUGAGCGGCAAUCACAACUCCAGCAGGAAGCUGAAAGGGAACAGCACAAUGAGCGUCGCAGAGAAAACCGUCUUAGGCAGGAGGAAAACAGUGGAAAUGAGUCGCAUGCCUUUGGUGGUGAACAGAGCGAAGAGUCUGCUCCUGCUGCUGAGAAAGAAAAACCCAACUUUGAACUCUCAGGUGCCCUGGUGGAGGACACCAACACAUUCCGAGGAGUGGUUAUUAAGUACAAUGAGCCACCUGAGGCUCGAAUCCCUAAGAGGAGGUGGCGAUUGUACCCCUUCAAAAAUGAUGAGCCACUGCCAGUGAUGUACAUCCACCGGCAGAGUGCCUACUUGCUUGGAAGACAAAGGAAGAUAGCUGAUAUACCUAUUGACCACCCUUCUUGUUCCAAACAGCAUGCUGUCUUUCAGUACAGGCUUGCAGAGUUCACCCGAGCAGAUGGCACCACAGGCCGGAGAGUGAAGCCCUACAUUAUUGACUUGGGCUCAGGCAAUGGCACGUACCUAAAUAAUCAGCGCAUAGAUCCACAGCGGUACUACGAGCUGAAAGAGAAGGAUGUGCUGAAGUUUGGCUUCAGCAGUCGCGAGUAUGUGCUCCUGCAUGAAUUUUCUGACACAGCUGAGGUUGAUGCUAAGAGAGAAGAAGAGGAUGAGGAUGAAGGCCUUGAUGAGUAGUCACCAUUGAAAGGGCAGCAAAGUACUGGACUCUUAAAGUAUUGGACUCUUAAAGAGAGCUAUGUCUGUUUAGUUAAGAUCAGUGAUUUGACCAGAUGUUUGCUGAUGGAGGGUAUUUUUGUUUGUUUUGAGAGGACCUUUGUGUUGUGGAUGAGGUUUGUCAAAAAAUAUACUGAUAAGCUUCAGCCUGACAAGUUUCUGUGCAUAACAUUCUCAGGUGGACAGCAUAAGCAUGGUAUCGGCUAUGUAUUGUCUGGUACUGCCCCAUGUUGUCCCUUCAAACCAAGAACCAAGUGCUCAAUGCCAG